AUGGCAGGGUCGUCCGCUGCCCGAUUUUCGAACCACUCACCUAGUAUGCCAGGUUACUCCGUCAGAGACGUCCCAGCUCAAGAUUUCAUCAACGCCUACGCUACUUUCUUGCAAAAGCAAGGUAAGCUCGAGGUGCCAGGUUACGUCGACAUUGUGAAAACCUCUGCCGGUAACGAGCUCCCACCACAGGAGGCUGAGACUUGGUUCUACAAGCGUUCCGCUUCCAUUGCCCGUCACAUCUACUUGAGAAAGGAUGUCGGUGUCGGUGCCCUUAACAAACUAUACGGAGGUGCCAAGAACAGAGGUAACAGACCUUCCAAGCACGUCAACGCUUCCGGUUCCGUCAACAGAAAGGCUUUGCAGGCUUUGGAGAAGAUUGGAAUUGUUGAGAUCUCUCCAAAGGGAGGCCGCAGAAUCUCCACCAACGGCCAAAGAGAUUUGGACCGUCUUGCUGCCUUGACUGCCGAGCAAGAUGAAGAGUAA